UUAAAUAAUUUUCUUUCUUUGUGCAGCAGUCGAACAUAGUAGACUAUGAAGUAAUACUAAUUGUGUGUGUAGUAUUUUCUGUUUAAAUUUUCGCCAACACACACACGCACAUACAAACACACAAAUACAGACACGCGUAACAUUUUCUUAAUUUCAUAUGCACAACAGCAAAAAAGAAUUUGUUGUUUUUGUACAUCGUGCGUAUCAAACUUGCUGCCCUUUUGCAUAUUAAACAGCGAGUAUAGCGUUUAAUUUGUAAAACAAAAAAUUCAAUUGACGACAAAUACACAACAGAGAGCCAAAGCAGCGUCACCGAAGUCGACGUCGACGGCGAAAAAAGCAGCGUCAGCGAUAACAACGAGCAGCGCAUAGCCGGGGCACAUAUUGUGAGGCGGCGACAGCGAACAGACUGAUAUUUUCCUAGUCUUCAAUAAGCUCACAUAUAUAAUUGGAAAUGGAGGAUAAUGCACGUUUGCUAAGCCUGCUGGGCAGCAUUGCGAUUGGCAUAUUGGGCUUUCAGUUCUGCCGCAAGGUGUUGCCCUGGAUUUACUCAAAUAUUGUGGGACCCAAGCUAAUGGGCUCCAGCAUCAAGCUGGACGCACUAGGCAAAUGGGCAGUUGUUACCGGCUCGACCGAUGGUAUUGGCAAGGCCUAUGCCAGGCAGCUGGCUCGCAAAGGUCUCAAUCUGGUGUUGAUUAGUCGAUCUCUGGAAAAACUGACACUUGUGGCUAAGGAAAUACGCGAUGAGUUCAGCGUCGAGGUCCGCAUUAUCGAUGUGGACUUCACUGGCAGCGAGCAAAUCUAUGAGCGCAUACGUAAUGAAACCGCAGGAUUAGAUGUGGGCGUGCUGGUCAACAAUGUGGGCAUUAGUUACAAUCAUCCGGAAUACUUUGUAGAUUGCUGCAACAAUGAUCCACAGUUCUUGCGCAACAUAGUCUCCGCCAAUGUACAUUCCGUUACACAUAUGACUGCCAUCUAUUUGCCUGGCAUGGUUGUCAAGCGCAAGGGCCUGAUCAUUAAUAUAUCUUCCACAGCUGGUGUUAUUCCCAAUCCGCUGUUGUGCGUUUACAGCGCUACAAAGGCGUUUGUCAACAAGUUCAGUGAUGAUCUGCAAACAGAAUAUAAGCAACAUGGCAUUAUUAUACAGAGUGUGCAGCCUGGCUUUGUCGCCACCAAUAUGUCCAAGAUACGAAAGCCUACCCUGUUUGCGCCGUCGCCCGACACGUAUGUAAAAUCUGCUUUGGCUACAGUUGGCAUUGCCACACAGACCGCUGGCUAUUUGCCACACGCCUUGCUACAACUUGCCAUCCACUUUACAGAGGCUGUGUGCGGUGAGCAGUUUGCCCGCAAUGUGGUUCUUAAGAAUAUUUUAAGCACACGCAAGCGUGCACUGCGGCGUCAAGAAAAAGAAAAACAGAAAUAAGCAUUUCCAUUCAAUUUUCUCUCUGUCGCUUGGCCAUUCUAAGUUUAGGUCAUGUUUGGGGUUGUUAUACAGACAGAAAACGAAUUGUAAUGUAGCUAAAACCAAACAUAAUUACAAAUUUCAAUUAAGUAUUGUGAAAUGUAUAAAAGCAAUAAAUUGGAAACCCAAACUGUUUGAAUUUAAAUUUUGUGGCGACAAAAAGUCGAUAGGAACUGACCAGCUUAGCGAGCGGCUUAUUGCGUUGAUGUUGAAUUCGAUAUAAUAAC